CCACACCCCCAGCAGGCAGGAAUCGUGGGAUGCUGCUGAGGAGCGAACACACCCUGUCGUUGUCUUCCGUCACAGCAGCGUUAUCAACGACCGGGGAUCGAACCAUCACCAGAAAUGUGGCGUAGCAGCGGCUGAUCGCUGAGGUAAUCUGGGAUGCCGGGGUCAAAGAUCAUGUCCCUGCGGCUGGCUGUGGUGCUGCUGCUGUCAGUGCUGCUGCUGACAGGGGCCACCCCUGAGAUGGACCCCUACAAGAUCCUGGGGGUGACCCGCAGUGCCAGCCAGGCUGAGAUCAAGAAGGUCUACAAGCGUCUGGCUAAAGAAUGGCAUCCUGACAAAAACAAAAACCCAGGUGCUGAGGACAUGUUCAUCAAGAUUACUAAAUCUUAUGAGAUCUUGUCCAGCGAAGAAAAACGUGCAAAUUUUGACCGUUACGGGCAGACCGAUGACACCCAGCCGUAUGGCGGCGGUCGCUACAGCCAUCGCCAAGACAACUUUUACUUUGACGAGUCCUUCUUCAACUUCCCCUUCAACAGCAAGAACCACAGAGAGUUUGCUGACAGCAAGUACACGCUGCACUUUAACCAGUACACCACCGACGUGGUGCCUGACAGCUACAAGAGGCCGUACCUGAUAAAGAUCACCUCGGACUGGUGCUUCAGCUGCAUCCACAUCGAGCCCGUGUGGAAAGAGGUGGUGCAGGAGAUGGAGACUCUAGGUGUUGGUAUUGGUGUGGUGGACGUUGGCUAUGAGAGGCGGUUAGCCAAUUACCUCGGUGCUCAUCGCACCCCGUCGAUUCUCGGAGUCAUCAAUGGAAAAGUCACGUUUUUCCAUUACGCUGUUGCAAAGGAGCAUCUGAGGCAGUUUGUAGAGGACCUGCUUCCUCAGAGACUUGUUGAGCGGGUCACUGACAAGAACGACCUGCAGUUCUUGAACAGCUGGCACCAACUCAACAAGCCUCACGUGCUUUUCUUUGACCAAGUGCCUGCAGUUCCUCUACUAUACAAACUGACGGCUUUUGCCUAUAAGGACUACUUGCAGUUUGGCUAUGUGGACCAGGGCCUGUCAGAGACUGCCGAUCUGCAGAAACAGUUCAACAUCAACACUUAUGCCCCAACCAUGCUGGUCUUCAAGGAGAGCACUGAGAAGCCUGCUGACAUCAUACAGGCCAAAGGAAUGAAAAAGCAAAUUAUUGACGAGUUCAUGUCAAACAACAAGUUCCUCCUUGCACCGAGGCUGGUCAAUCAGAAGCUGUUCAAUGAGCUCUGUCCUGUCAAACAGUUCCACAGACGCAGGAAAUACUGUGUCCUGCUGAUCACACGGGAUGAAGAGACCUUUACUUUCGGGAACCAGGCGUUCCUCUUAUUUGCCUCCACCAAUACCAAGGAAGUUGUGAGGUUUGCGUACGUCUACCAGCAGCUGCAGCAGCCACUGUGUGACGUCCUUCUGCAGAACAAGGACAGUGCACUGUCACCGCCGCAGGUGGUGAUCCUGGAGAGGCGUAAUGCGGCAGGGAAGGCCUUCUUCAAGCCUGUGACCGCCUGGAACGGCAGUGACGAAGAUAAGCAGUCUCUUCUGGAGGAGCUGGAGCGGCUUCAGAAGGACCCGUCCAUCCUCGUCCACGACGGCAUCCUGCCCGAGCUCAACAACGAGUUUGCCUCUAUGUUCGUAAUCCGAUGGAUCUAUGCAUCUUACGAUUACCUGUCCGAGGUCAUGGAUGAUAUUCUGCAUAACAACUGGCGUGAGAUGAUGCCUCUCCUGUCCCUCAUCUUCUCCGCCCUGUUCAUCUUGUUUGGAACCGUGGUCAUCCAGGCCUUCAGUGACUCCAGUGAAGAUAAACAGACCAAACCAAAGACAAAAGCUGGAACAAAAGCAGAAAAUGGGUCACCAGAGACUGCUGCUUCAAGUCGACCUCCGAAGAAGAAUUUUGUGGAGGUGACGGAGCUGACAGACAUCACCUACAUGAGCAACCUGGUGAAGCUGAGGCCCGGACACAUGAACGUCGUGCUGGUGCUCACUGACGCCUCCAAGAACAUCCUUCUCAGCAAGUUUGCCAAAGAGGUCUACUCCUUCACAGGGGGCCUGACGCUGCAUUUCUCCUUCCUCAAUAUUGACAAGCACAGCGAGUGGAUGAGCAUGCUGCUGGAAUACGCCCACAACGCCAUGCAGAUGGAGGCGGACGAGGACGACGCCGGCCACCACAAGAUGGACUACACCGGCUACGUGCUGGCGCUCAACGGCCACAAAAAGUACCUUUGCCUGUUUAAGCCCGUCUACACCGGGGAAGACCUCGACAGUAAGUCAUCUGAGGACGAAGGCGGCGCUUCGGGGGGGAGAUCGAGGUCCAGGUCCCGUGAUGACCAGCCACCGCGCAGAUCCAACAGAUCCCGCAGCAUAUCCACGCUGCAGAUCCACCACAAACUGGACCGCCUGGGGUUGUGGAUGGAGAGGCUCAUGGAAGGCACUUUGCCUCGCUACUACAUCCCAGCCUGGCCUGGACUGGACAAGAUCACCCCCUGUAAAUAGAGGGAGGGAAGUGGCGAAGCACUUGGUGUUUAUUUACUGUGGCACGGAAAGGGUUCACCUUGUUUUCUGAUGAAAUUAGGCUAGAGCUGCCUUUUUUGCAGUUGAGAUAUUUAUAGUGAAAUAGGUCUUUGAAAUUGGGGGGAAAUAUUACAAACUUGGCUUUAGUGCAACUACUGUGGGACAUGUCUAUUAGCAUACACCUCUUCCACUCAUCGCAUGCUGUUUUCAACUACUGCUAGUCUUACUGUAAUCAGACAAAUGCUGUUGCUGCGACAGCCUUGUGAACAGAAAACUAAAUCCCUGUGGCCACAUGUCCUCUCCUGCCUUCAUGACCUUUGAGUGCAGGAGGCAGGUUUAAUACCUUUGUCUUAAUUGAUGAAAACUGUGAAUAGAGAUGCAUGUCUCUAAAACAAGAUAUCUUUGCCUUUUGAUAAAUAUCUGCCCACGUUUUAUUCCCCUUACAUUAUUCCCUGAAUGCAGAUUUGCUCAUGCAAUAUAGCGUCCUGCUGUAAUGACAAUGCCUUUUUAUCAGGACCUCAAUGUUUUUCGUGGAGAAGAAAUCAAAUAUUUGGUUACAUGGAAACUGUCGGGAUGUGAUUUAAAAUGUUCUUCUGUAAAAAAAAUAAACAAGAAUUAUUUAGCAGUCUCAGUGAGCCAGUAGCUGUAUGUAGCAAACAUGAUACAAAAAAUUAUUUUAUGUUCUGAAUGUUUUCCAAAUGUAUCUUUUAUUGACUGAUAGAGUAUCAUCACAUCACCUUGAGUUAUAGACAAACAUAUGAAGGUUACUGUUUGCCUGCUUGGAUUAUUCAUUGGUUUUGUCCACAUUAAAUGUAAGUUGAUUACUCUAAUUUUGUUGGUACAAUGUUAUGUAAAUAUACAUUAUCAUGAUAUAUAUAGGACUUGUAUUUUACUUGAAAGAUAAAGUUAUCGUUUUACAUGGAUUUAUAAAAACGUAUCUUUUUUUUAUGUUCUCUAGAAUACUUUCUUUUACAAAUUAGUGUAAAAAUAUCCCCCAUGUCAGUUGGUCUUCAAUAGUGUGUAAAUCCUCUUGUUGGUUGUAAUAAAAUGCUUUAUGUUUGUUAAUUAAAGUUCAAAAUGA